AUGGCUCGCGGCAGCCGCUCCGGGAGGAACGGCGGCGGCGGCGGGUGCGCGAGCUGCUGCCUGGGGUUCCUGCUCAAGUUCCUCGCCUUCCUCCAGGCCUUCGCCGCCGUCUCCGCCGUCCUCUACGCCGCCUCCAUCCUCUCCCGCUGGGCGCGGCACCACGAGCUGCACUUCGACCGCCUCCUCCCUGACCUCUGGUUCGCGUGCGCCGUCAUGGCCGCCGGCCUCCUCUACUGCGCCAUCCUCCUCGCGGGCUACGUCGCCGCCGAGGUCAACAGCGGGUGCUGCCUCUGCUUCGUAUAUACCAUCCUGGCCAUGGCGAUGAUGCUGCUAGAAGCUGCCGUGGCCGGCCACCUCCUCCUCAACGAGCACUGGAUGCAGGAUCUGCCGUAUGACCGCACGAGAGAGCUCGAGAACCUCGUCUCCUUUGUCAACAACAACCUCGACCUCUGCAAAUGGGCUGCUCUCGCUACCGUCGCCACACAGGCGUUCUCGCUUUUCUUGGCAAUUACUCUACGAGCCAUGGUUUCGUCCACCAAUGCGGACUUUGACAGCGACGAAGAUUUUGUGGUCAUAAGGAGGCCGCUGCUUCUUGCCCAAGGUGCUCCAGCCUAUCUCCCUACCACGGCCGACCCUAGAGGUGCCCACCCUGGCCUAUGGAGCUCAUCGAUGAGGCAAAAGUAUGGAUUGAACUCCACAAGCGACUACACCUACAACACACUGGAUCAAAAUGCAGUACCACCACAGUGA